GACACAGCACCGGCUGUGCUGAACGAUCAAUACGAGUGAUACGCAUAGGCAAAGAAGGAGAGGAGUGGAGUGAAAUAUCCACUGAAGAGUUCAUGAAGAUGAUUGCAGAAGCAGUUCCUAUUCUCUAUAGUGAGCUUACGGCCACAAACAGAACACCAGAAGAAGAAGAUAAGAUGAAGAAGAGGUGAGUGGUGGAGGGAUUGAAGUAGCUAUGGAGAGUGAACCGGUUGAAGAACAUGAACAUGAGAUAGAGGGAAUGGUCGGAGAAGGCAUGAGUGAGUUUGACAACUCUGCUCAACAUAGUGCUGAUCAGGGUAUGGCUGAAGACAAGAGUGAUAAUAGUGCAAAGAGUAGAAGAGAAGUCAUUAAAGAUGUGAUUCAGAGACUUACAAAGCUAGUGGACAGUGGCAAGACAUCACGUCGUCUACUCGACAUGGAGAUGAUCUACCUAACAGACUGUGGAGGCCAGCAAGCCUACUGGGAUCUUGCUCCAAUCUUCAUGCGUGACACCGCGGCCACACUCUUUGUCCACCGACUGUGUGAGAAACUUGAUGAAUAUCCUCUCAAUGAUCUGUACCAGAGUGGGAAAAGAGUUGGCGAUGAACAGAGAGCUAGACUCACCACUGCACAGGCCUUCAAGACAAUGCUUCAAGGACUACACAAAGAGGAAAAUCGUUCAAAGAUAAUUGUUGUUGGAACUCACAAGGACUUACUUCAUGAAUGUGGUGAAAAACCAGGAGAUAAAAAUGAUAUAUUGAAAACAAUUGCAUCACCACAUUUUGACGAUGACGUGGUUUUUUGCAAUGAAAGUAUGAAUGAUGUUUUAUUCCAGAUGAAUACGAAAACCCCAAAUGACGAAGAUAAAAAAGAGGCCGGCAAGAUUAAAACGAGCGUCCACAAAGUUGCCACCUACCACAAGAUACCAAUCAGGUGGUUUAUUCUCCAGAGAAUUCUUGAAGCCUUGGCAGAAAAAUUGAACAGAAAGGUCCUCACCAGAGACGAAUGUGCCCAUGUCUCAAACAGUCUGGGGUUUACUGAAGGAGAGCUUGAAGCUGCACUAUCCUUUCUUGACAAACUGAACAUUUUUCUGUACAGGAAAAAGAUUCUCCCUGAUUUAAUAUUCACUGACGCUCAGGUGCCUUUGGAUAAGUUGUCGGCUCUUGUUGAAAGACAUCAUUGCUUGAAAGUGGCAGAGAAAGCCCCAGCAAAAGCUAUUGAUGUAGCAACAAGCGGCUGCAAGGAAUUUAGAGACAAAGGAAUUCUUACUGUCGAGUUUCUGAAAGAGUUUAAAAAGCACUAUGUGAAUGGAAUAUUCACCGCAAACCACUUUAUCACUCUACUUGAAAAGCUGCUCAUUGUUUCAAAAUUGCCAGAAAACAAAUACUUUUUUCCAGCAAUUCUGAAUUGCACCAGAGAAUCUCAAAUAAUAGACAGUCUCACAGCUUCAGAAAUAUCGCCACUGGUGGUGGAGUUCCCCACAGGCUGGGCUCCUCCUGGUGUCUUCUGCUGCAGUGUGUGCCACCUUCAGACACAGGCUGGCUGGGAAAUCAAGACACCAUCCAAAUAUGAUAGCGAAAGAUGCACCAACACGACAAUUCACGCAAUUCCAUCACCUUUACGAAAUGUUCCACACCUGGUUCAAUGACAUUCAUUGACAACUUCUCAUUCUUUGCCAUCUGUUUGAAUGUUGACACCAGAAAAAUAGACGGAGAUAGUCUCAUCAAGCACUGCGAGAUGGUAAAGUUAGAUGUGUUUGCUGCCGUCAAAGCAGGCCUAGAGAAAACGCAUUCACACUAAGUCAAAGUCAGAUGUGUUUCCUGCCGUCAAAGCAGGCCUAGAGAAAAUGCAUCACAGUAAGUCAUGCCCGAAGCCUGCCUUCCUCUGUCCAGCUCAUAAUAAUCUUCAAAACACUGAACUGCAUGUGGCACACAUCUCUGAGACAAAGCAAUGGAUCUGUAGUGAGAAUCACCAUGAAUUCAAUAAUCUUACUCCAGACCAAACGGUGUGGUUUGGUGGACCAGCUCCAGCCCCACUUCCACAGCCUUGUGGUGGAGAAACUAUAUCCCAAACAAACACAACAAUUCUUGGCAAAGAAGACUUGUUUGAUGUUAAAAAGGAGUUGCAGCCAGUAAUAACCAGAUGGAAACACAUCGGACUGGCCCUCAGACUGGACCCUGAACAACUGAAGAAGAUAGCGAGAGAGAACAGAGAUGAUAUGGAUGACUGUCUUAUUGAAAUGCUAACUCUGUGGUUGAAUAAAAAUUAUAACACUGAAAGAUUUGGAAAUCCGUCAUGGGAGCUACUGGCUAGUGCAGUAAAGGACCGUGCAGGAGGGAAUAACGCUGCACUUGCAGAGACAAUUACUCAAACAUAUGGAGGUGGUGUUUCCCCCUCAGCUCCAGCUCCAUAGCUGGUGCAUUUCUUCUCAAGGACUCUGUAUGUGUUUGUGUUUGGUGUGUGUGUUUUUCCAUGUUUGUUGAUGUGUGUGCGUGCAGUUUGUGCACGAGUGAUGUGGGUGUGUGUGUGUGUUUGUGGGUGUAUUUGGGUUUACUCGUCGUAUUAUAUGCAUGUUGCUGUACUAACCACAAGCCUAUAGUGCAGCAUCAUAUGGACAUAACUUGUGUUUUCAUUUACCUGUAUACACCACCCAACACUCUGAACCUAUUCACUGUGUGAGAUGAAAGACUAACCUGCCAAGGAGUCUGUUACAUUUCUGCCCAGUUCUAAAUCAGAAAUACAGUGAAAAAAGAGGGCAAUUCUACUUUGGCAACGAUCAAAGGGAAUGAAUGAGGUGUCUUAUACAUACUUGGUAUCCCAAGAGGAGUUUGGAACAAACAACACGUGCUUUAAAUCGGCAAGUUGAUCUGAACAAUCAAUCUUUGUCACACUUAUAUACAAGGGAACCAAAGCUGAAAUCCACACCAAAGUGUGUGCUUGAAAGGGAGAAAUUGGGCAUUAUUACUCCCCCAACUGCUGACUUUAUUGGCACAAACUAUGUGCAUAAAUUGUGCUGCUUCGUCGGGCUAAAAAUGGCCUUUACAUUCCAAAACAUAUGCUCUUGCUCCAAUCCACCAAUCAAACACAUGUGUAACGAUUCGGAAUGGGCUUAGCACCCCAUUUGAGGUCAAAUUUUGGGUGAAGUCAUGAUAUCGGAAAAUCAAAAAGCCAACAAAAUGUGACAACACCGAAGCAUCAGAAACACCAGUCAACUACAUCUCACGUAAUUCUCUCACAUUCACCAAGCGUGGCAGGCUUGGCUCAGUGACAUUAAUCGACAACUUCUCAUUCUUUGCCAUCUGUGUAAACGUUGAUAUCAGAAAGAUAAAUGGUGAAAAUUUAGUCAGACACUGCGAGACUAUCAAGUCUGAGGUGUUUGAUGCGGUCAAAGCAGGUCUACGCAGCACUCACCACGCAGACACUUCCCCAAAGCCUGCAUUUGUCUGCCCAGCUCACCAGGAGGAUACAGAUAUAUCUUCUGAUCUCUCUCCACGUCAGACUGUGUGGCUUGGUGGACCAGCACCAGACCCCCAACUUGUUCUUCAGGAUCCUACCCAAAAAGCAGACAUUGGACCAGAGGUACCGAAACCCCAACUUGUUAUUCAGGAUUGUACCCAAAAAGCAGACAUUGGUGAUGGGCGUACCAGAGAGAGAUACCUCUCAAGACAAACAGUUCUCCAAAGAAAAAGAUGUGCCGGCAGUGUCUCUAGCCAACCCACAGGGCGCACUCGUUCAUCAAAACAGAGACACAGAGCAUCAAGCAUCAGCAGAGAUGGUCUCGAGGCCAGAACAAUUGGAAGUGAAGGAGACUGUCACUCCAAUGGACACAGCUUCCCCACCGCAAGCUAAGACAGGACAGCUGAACCCUCUUGCCAGAGAUAUUGAGCAACACUUUGCAUUUCCCAGUACGUACAGUUCAAAGCACAAGGACGAAACAGUCAGUGAGGAUGAUACAAAGAGGGGAGCACAAACUUCGAGAUCAUCGGGUUUAAAAAGAUCUGCCGGCAGUGACACUGGGUCACCCUCAUCAACACGGAAACAAAUAUGCACAAGUCUCAGUCAAGCACCAGAGGUACCGCAACCCCAACUUGUAUUUCAGGAUCGUACCCAAAAAGCAGACAUUGGUAACGUCAGUCUGUCAUUCAUUCCAGAUGAAACAUCAGAGAGGCAGGAGUCUGACACAAUAACUAACCCCUCCCCUUCUAUCGAAGCAAUGCAGGAGCAGUCAAAUGGAGAUUCUAUGAGUCAAGGCAGUUUCAGUUCAACAAGAAAUGUUCCAGUAGUGACACAGACUUUAGGAAUUGAUGACUUGUUUGAUGUUAAGAGUGCGUGUGAACCAGUGACUGCCAGGUGGAAAUCUCUUGGACUGGCUCUCAGACUGAGUCCUACUCGACUGGAUGUGAUAGAGAAAGAGAACAGAAGUCUUGACGAGUGUCUAACUGGGGCCCUGACUCUGUGGCUGAAUAAAAACUACGACACUAAGAGAUUUGGAGAGCCAUCAUGGGAGCUGCUGGCCAAAGCUGUUGGUCAUCCUGCUGGAGGAAAUAACUCUGCACUUUCCGAGGAGAUUCGUCAAAGACAUGAAGUGACACAGGUGUUGAAUGUAUCAGAGAGAGGUACUUCUCAAGACCAACAGUUCUCCAAAGAAAAAGAUGUGCCAGCAGUGUCUCUUGGCCACCCACAGGGCGCACUCGUUCAUCAGAACAGAGACACAGAGCAUCAAGCGAUGGUCUCGAAGCCAGAACAAUUGGAAGUGAAGGAGACUGUCCCUCCAAUGGACAUAGCUUCCCUACCACAAGCUAAGACAGGAAUGAAACGAAAAAUGGAGGCAGAACCUUCAAAUCCAAGAAAAGGUCGACGGAUGAGUGAUCAAUGAAAAGGACACACUAUUCAAGAGUCACAGAAUCAAUAAUUUAUGUAGCUGCCCUCCGUCUUGUUAUCAUCUAAGAACAAGAGCGUUCUUAUUCUAUGAGUCUGACAGAAU